AUGUCGGACCCAGUCGCUGAGGUGACCGAGGGCACUGUCAAGCUGGUCCUUGACGAGGUGACGGGAGAGCAGGUCACGAGGAAUGAGCUGAAGAAGCGCACUCAGAAGCGAGCCAAGAAGGCAGCUGCCCAGGCCGCGCGGGAGCAGAAGGCGAAGGAUCCCAAGCCCGCUGCCGCCCCCAAGCCCAAGGCCCAGGAGCCCACCCAGCUGGAUCCCGAUGCCAUGUUCAAGCAGGGCUUCCUCUCCGACGUCUACAAGGAGCGACCUGUCAAGCCUGUCGUCACCCGAUUCCCUCCCGAGCCGAACGGAUAUCUUCAUCUGGGUCAUGCCAAGGCCAUUGCCAUUGACUUUGGCUUUGCGCGCUUCCACGGUGGCAAGACGAUUCUUAGAUACGACGAUACGAACCCCGACGAAGAGGAGGAAGUUUACUUUGAAUGGAUCCUGAAGAUUAUCAAGUGGCUGGGCUUCACUCCCGCCGACAUCACUUACUCGAGUGACAACUUCCAGAAGCUGUUCGACCUUGCCAAGGAGCUCAUCAAGAAGGAGAAGGCUUAUGUCUGCCACUGCAACGAAGCUGAGAUCAAGCUCCAGCGUGGAGGAAAGGAUGGCAAGGAGGGCCCUCGAUACCGAUGCAAGCACGCCGAGCAGGACGUCGAGACGAACCUCCAGAAGUUCCAGGACAUGCACGACGGCAAAUACGAGCCCAUGGCCGCGUUCCUCCGCAUGAAGCAGGAUAUCACCAGUGGAAACCCCCAGAUGUGGGAUCUUGCCGCGUACCGGAUACCCAAGAAGCAGAAGCCUCACCACCGAGCUCCCGAGUGGAAGAUCUUCCCUACCUAUGACUUCACACACUGCCUUUGCGACAGUUUCGAAGGCAUCACCCACAGUCUCUGCACUACAGAGUUCAUUCUGUCCCGAGAGAGCUACGAGUGGUUGAACAAGACACUUGAGGUGUACGAGCCUAUGCAGCGCGAGUUUGGCCGACUCAACGUUAGCGGAACCAUCAUGAGCAAGCGAGCACUGAAGAAGUUGGUCGAGGGUGGUAUUGUCCGAGGCUGGGACGACCCUCGCCUCUACACUCUGAUUGCCAUUCGACGUAGAGGUAUCCCCCCUGGUGCCCUCUUGUCCUUUGUCAACGAGCUUGGUGUCACCACUGCCAAGACUCUCAUCCAGAUCACCCGAUUUGAGCAGAGUGUUCGCCGUUACCUUGAAAACACGGUGCCCCGUCUGAUGCUCGUCCUGGACCCUGUCGCUGUCACCAUCGAAGACCUUGAGGAGACCCAGGAGCUCGAUGUUCCUUACUCUCCCAAGGACCCCAAGUUUGGCAACCACAAGGUCCGCCUGACAAAGACUGUCUACAUCGACCGAUCCGAUUUCCGCGAGGAGGACAUCAAGGGCUACUUCCGGUUGGCCCCUGGAAAGACUGUCGGUCUCCUUAACGCCCCCCACCCGAUCAAGGCCACAUCCUUUGAGAAGGACGAGUCGGGCAAGGUUACUAGCAUCAAGGCUGUGUUCGACAAGGAGAGCAAGCCCAAGACAUACAUCCAGUGGGUGCCUGAUGGCUCCAUCAAGCUGGAGGUCCGAGUGCAUAGCCCUCUCUUCAAGUCGGAUGACCCAACCAGCGUUGAGGGUGGUUUCCUGAACGACAUCAACCCCAACAGCGAGGUUGUCUACACUGAUGCCCUGAUCGAGGAGGGAUUCAACGAGGUUCGCCAGAGGGCUCCCUGGCCCGUUACCGCCGGUGAAACGAGCGAAGAUAGCGGACCGGAAACCGUCCGUUUCCAGGCCAUGCGUGUUGCUUAUUUCGCCAUGGACUCGGACAGCACAGACGACAAGAUUGUGCUGAACCGUAUUGUAUCACUGAAGGAGGAUUCGGGAAAGAACUAG